CGGAUAGCUUUACAGACAUUAGGACCAACAAUAGACUAGUAGUGCUGGAAAAAUUUAGGUCCGAAAUCAUCGGAACCAGGAGCCUUACAAAGGCACAUAUAUAAAAAAAAAACGGCAAUUUCAUGAAAUGCCACUGAGCACUUAAAAAAUUCAUAAAAUGCCAUUGUAUUUUCCAGAAUUCACCACAUGCCACUGACAAACAGUAAAAUGUCAUGCCAUGUCAUUAAUGAGGUAUUUCCGUUAGUUGACAGUCAGUGUCCGUUGGUUGACCCAGCACUUGCCACGUGUCACCUUCUGAUUGGUUCGUUUUUUAAAAAAAAUUAAACAAAAAUAAAAAAAAAAUCUAAAAAAAAAAAUCAGAAAACCUAGCCCCCACCCCUUCCUUGACUACCUAGCCCCACCGCCCAACGGAAAUCCAAACCCAGCCACCACCAAUCCCCCCUUAAAAAAAAAAUUAAACAAAAAAAAAAAAAAAUCUAAAAAAAAAAAAAAAAAAAAAAAAGAAAACCUAGCCCCCACCCCUUCCUUGACUACCUAGCCCCACCGCCCAACGAAAAUCCAAACCCAGCCACCACCGAUCCCCCCUUACCCCACCAGAAAAUCCACCCAAAUCCACCAUGCCGGCCAGCCACCCCUCCUCCUGCCCCGUCGCGUCCUCCCUCCUUCCCCUUUAACCACAAACCCCAUCCCCGUAAACCCCUUCUCUCUCCUCGAAACAACCACUAAAACCCCAAAAUCGCAGCCACCAGGCAAAGUCCGGCAACACAGCGAAGAGGAGAACGGAAGUCCGGCAGCCUCCCAGCCUCCCACCAGAAAACCCCACUCAAUACCACAUUCCCCUCCCCUUUUCGAUUUCCGGCCACCCCACCCAAAACACCCUUCCCUCCCCUUUUUGUUUUCGGCCACCCACCCACCCACACAACCCGAAACUCCAUUCCCCUCCCCUUUGCAAUUUGUGUGUAAUUUCUUCUUCUCAUUGCAAUUUACAGCGCGCACUCAACGUUCUCCAUUGAAGCGCAGUUCACGUUCUCCAUUGAAGCGCAAGGCGCCUUCUAAUAGUUGUAUACCCCAUUGAAGCAGCUUCUCAGGAUUCAACUAUGAAUUCAGACCUCGUUUUGGACGAGCCUGAUUAUAAUAAUCCAGAAAACAAUAUUCAGCCUUUCUUUGUUCUUCACAGGGGUUGUUCUUCUUCUUCUUCUUCUUUGUCGCGGCCGAAAUCCAAGAGGAAAUUAAAUGAAGAAUCUGUGCAUGAGUUUGAUGAUCGUUAUCUAUAUAAUUUGAGAAUUAGUGCUUUUCAUUAUGUGUGGUCCAACAUUGACACCACCAUCAAGGGUGUCCUCAAGGAAAUCAACUUAAGCAUAUUUAAUGAAGUGAGUUCUUGGGUUCAUCAAUCAUUUAAAGCAGUGAGAUCAUCUGGGGAACCGGGCUAUGCUGAAACCACUCAUCCAUAUCCUAUAGCCCUUGAUGCCUUGUCGAAACAAAUCUACACUGGGCUUGUAUAUACUAAAAAUAUGGAGUUUGUUGAUAAUCAACUUACCUUUGAAGAACUUGGCAAUCACUUGAAGUCUGGUGGCUGCCAUGUAGCUUACAUGUCAUCACUGGACUUCUCAGCUAAGAAUGGGAUUGGUGGUUGUUUGACUCGCUUAUUGAGAAUGUUUCUGAAGGUUACACUGGAUGAUGCUGAUAUGUCCAUUCUGGCAUCAUGGUACUGUGGACAAAGGGAGUCUACACCAGUAGUCAUAAUCAUUGAGGACAUGGAGAGAUGCUGUGCUUCCGUCUUGUCCAAUUUCAUUUUGAUGUUAAGCAAAUGGGUGGUUAAAAUACCAGUCAUCCUAGUAAUGGGGGUCGCAACGAUGCUUUAUUCGCCAGAAAAUUUGCUAUCUUCAAAUGCAUUAUUGUGUCUACGCACUUGUAAAUUUGUCUUGGGAUCUCCAGCUCAAAGAAUGGAUGCUAUUGCUGAAGCUGUUCUCUUAAGGCCUUGUUCAAGGUUCAAUGUUGGCCACAAGGUGGCUGUUUUUAUGAAAGAUUAUUUUCUGAAACAUGAUGGUACCUUGACUUCUUAUAUCAGAUCUUUAAAGAUAUCUUGUAUGCUACUUUUCUCGUCCGAGCCUUUAAGCUUCUUGCUAAAAGACUUAGAUGCUGAAGAUGAUUUUCAGGAAAUAUGGAAAGAGAAACAUGCGUGUAUUCAGGACAUCAUGUUGAAAGAUUCUUCACAACUUUCUUGCAGAGGUGAUGAUGUUGGUGAACUAACCAGUGAAAAGUUGAUCCAUGCUAUUGGCGAGCUAAAGAGACUCCACCAACGCUGGAUCACAGUAGUCAAGUGCCUACAUGAAGCUGGAAAGCACCAAAAUGUGCAGCUGUUAGAUUUGUAUUGUGAUGCCCUUGAUCCGGAUGUUCAUAAAUCUGGGACUUCUUAUAAGCAAGGGAGAUCUUUAAGGAAUGGGUGUUUAUCUAGUCAAUAUGGUGGCUCUCCCAAAAGACCUUACAUAUUUAAAGCAGUGAAUAAGGUAAGGGAUCUUUCACCAGCAGCGUUAUCUGAAUUGCUUAAUAAGUGGGAGAGACAUGCUGAUGGCGUAUGCGAGAUUGGCGAUAAAGUCAAGGAGCUGCAAGUUAUGAUGAAUUCUGCGGAUAGCAAGAGCUCAGGAAGCGAUUUGAUAUAUGAUUCCUCGUCCCAAAAAUCAGAUGCACCUAAAGAUCCAAAACUAUGGAACAGUAAAGCUGUUGCAUUGAUUGAAUGGAUGCUUCGAGAUCAGAUGAAGCCCAUUGAGAGUUUUCCGUUUCAUGAAAUCUUGUGCUUUAAGAUAGUUGAAAAGCUUCAAACAGCCUUGCUGGGAGAUCCUAGAAGAAGAAUUCAAGCUGAUCUGCUGGAGUUCCAUGAAUAUUUGCACUGCACCUGUUGCAGCACUAGGGGAAGCAGAUUGCUGCCAUCACUUCAUGACACUUCAAUAUUAUAUGUUCUGGCUCAAGAGCAUGGUGAUAUCAUUAAUGUUCAUGAUUGGUUCCAAUCUUUCAAGGCAAUUCUUGUAACUCCACCUACAAAAGCUAGGAAUAAGUCUAAGCAUUCUUCGACUCCUAAGAAAAAGAAGGAUAUUAAUAACCUCAGUGAAGCAGCCAUUCAAGCACGUUUCUGCAAGGCAGUUUCAGAGCUCCAGGUCACUGGACUACUACGAAUGCCUACAAAGAGGCGUCCAGAUUUUGUGCAGAGAGUUGCCUUUGGACUGUAACAAAAAUCAUGAAGGCAUUACUAUAUGUGCAUCAUCUUGCAUCUUUGGCAUGAAUUCCAAACUUGAGGCUCACUGAUGCUUUUGUUUGUACUUUACUUAUAAUUAAGAGAAAGAGAUGUGCUAAGAAGACCUUCCUGCCACAGCUAAAUUAUCAAGUGAAGCCGAUCUGUGUUAGAGGGUUGAACCUUGCUGGUUCAUCUAUUAUUGCUUGUAAGAAAGUUAACUCUUCUCAAUGCUAUGAUAUGUAUGUAUUUUUAAUUUACUAAUGGACAAGUUAACAUCUUUUUUAAAACCAAUGGAAUGUUAUGCUUUGUUCUCUUCA